UUUGUCUGUAUGUUUAUGUGUGUAUCAUGUACAUUAAGGCUGUUUGCAGUCAAUAUUACGAUUGAAGCAGUGAGGAAUGGCUCUGUACUAAAACAAAUCAUUCCUUGUCAAUAGAUGAAGGACUAUAUAUAUAUCCAUUACUUUAUGAAGCAUAAAACUCUACAUCAUCAAUUAACAAGAAUUAAACCAUAGUGUAGUUAAUGCAAAGGGAUAAUAUUCUAUAUGUUGUUGAGGAAGAGCACAGUGGAGGUUCCGACAACAGAGAAGGAUACAAGCUCAGUUUUCAUACUGGGUCUUAUCCAACACAAAUGUUUAUUGAACUUCAAGAAUUGGUACCAAGGGUGGAUGGUGGAUUGCAGUUCAAUGAAUCUAUUUUUAAAAUGCCAGUUGCAGCUCAUUUUCGAGUUCUUUGGUUAGAAACAGCAAGAUGGGUGAAUUUUGAAGAAAAUUUUAAUGAAGUGGAACAACGUUUUACAGAAGCUCAUGUACCACCUAUGAAGUUUUCUUGUAUAAAUAGCUUCAGGGAUAAAUUACAACAGAAUUUGAAAAUUAUACAAACUGAUGCACUUACACUUGGUCAAGCCCUUGAUGAAGUGGCAAAAUAUGCUUUAUCACAAAACUGUAUUCAAGGAAAUGAACAAUAUGAUGUUUUACGUGCUAUUUUGUUUGCUGAACGUUGGCAUCCAGAAGUUAAAGGUCAUAUAUCUGAUGCGGCUGAAUUCGACCAGUAUUGGGCAGGAACUUUACCGGAAGGUAUCAAUCCUAAACCAGCCUUUUUACAAAGAGCAUCUGUGGCAGCGAUUGGAGCUAAGAAGCAUAUUUCUAUGACAAGAGCAUCUGUUUCAACGAAUGAUUUUAAACCAAAGCUUUCUCUAGGUAGUAGAGAACAAGGAGCAAGUUCACUUUCAAAAGCGCUUAGUAUUCACAAUGAAUGUCAACAUCCUUAUCAUCGAUAUAAUCAACCUUUAACUAAUUGCUUAUCCUCUGGUUCUGAAGCAUGUACUGUUAUUUGCGGUUUAAUUGAAUUUGUAAAAUCACCAAUUCUUGUACUGUUAAGAUUAAACAAAACUAUUCAACGUUCAUGUAUUUCGGAAGUCGAUAUUCCAGUACGCUUUAUAUUUAUUUAUGUUGGACCACAAAAUGAUGAAUUAAAUUAUGCUGAAUUGGCUCGUAUAUUUGCAGUAAUGAUGACUAAUGAUACAUUUCGGUUAUGUGUUUACGACUCAAUUUCAGUUGAUGAUAUUAUUAAAGGAAUUGAUAAUUUUAUGCAAGAUUCAUUUGUUAUGCCACUUUCACGUCAUUAUAAUGCUAAUGCUCUAGCUGGAAUGACACGUCAAAUUGAAGCAUAUAGAAAAGAAACAGUUUGUGAAAGAGAUGGUGAUCGACGACCAAAAGGUUCAUUUACAGUGAGAAAGUUGACUGAACAAUCACAAAACAAUUUAGUCAAUGGUUCAUAUGUUCCAUCUUCACUUAAUUUGAAACAACAAGCUGAUAAUAUCAUUAAACAAGAUAGUGAUAAACUACCUGUUCCAACAAAUGAAACUGAUACACCUAAAAUAUCUAGACGAAAAAUAUUUUUACGGGAUUUUUGUCCACCAUUUAUUGAAUUAUCACGUGGAAUUCGACCAUGGAUAAAACGAAUGCCAGGUGAUUAUAAAGAUGCAGUAAGAAAAGAGAAUUUUAGCAUUGUUUUUGGCAGUGUUCUAUUUAUCUACUUUGUCAAUCUUUCACCGUCUAUUACAUUCGCUGCAUUAUUAAAUACACAAGUUGAUCCUUCCUACACUGUGACGUUAACUCUUUUAGCAGUUGGAGUGUUUUUGAUUAUUUUCACUAUUUUAUCUGGCCAACCACUUGCAAUUAUUGGUAUCUCUGCUCCUAUGUACAUUGUUGAAUCUUCUUUAGUGUCGGUUUCAAGGAGUACAGGUGUCGAUUUUAAACAAUUAAGAUUUUGGAGUGCUUUUUAUUGUUCUAUAUUUGGUUUCAUAUUUGUUGGUUGUAAUAUGUCUGGGAUAGCCAAACAUAUAAGAAGAUCAGUAGAAGAAGUAUAUAAUUCAUUUAUUGGAUUUUUCUUUUUACUUAAAGCAUUAUUUACAAUGUUUUUAUUGAUUCCUGCUAAACCUGUGGAUAACACUCCAAUAUCCAGAAUGGCUUAUUAUCAAAAAUUAGCAGUAGCUGGAGUUACACUAUUUUUAGCAUUUAUAAUGCUCCAGUUCUGUUUAAUACUUGCUCAGUUAAAACGUGGGAAUUACUUUAGAAGGAAUAUUAGAAAACUUCUGGGUGCUUUAAAUGUCCCUCUUGGUAUGUUACUUAUUACUGGAUUGGAAAGAAUAUUCUUUAGAGGUUAUAAUUUACCUACUGUAAAUAUACCACCAUCAAAUCAAGUUAAUGCAUCGACAUGGGUUAAUCCACCGGACUUUGCACGUUUACAAGAUUAUAGUAAAGCUGCACCAACACUUAUUCAUGGAACUUCAAUAGCUAUCGGAGUGGCCUUGGCUAUUAUUAUAUUUACAGAAGCAGCUUUAAAUGGCUUAACAGCAAUGAAAAAUAAAGCUGUGAAACCGAAUAUUUUUGUUAUGGAUUUGGUAUUGUUACAAAUUAUUUUCCCUAUUAUCAGUGGAAUAACUGGUUGGCCAUUUAUGUCUGGUACAACAGUUAGAACACUUAGCAAUCUUGUUGCCCUAGUCAAAAUGGAUCAAAGUCCUGCACCUGGUAUGCCUCACAAGAUUGUGGGAACAGUAGAGCAACGAGUUAGCGGUGUAUUUGUGGGAAUCCUUGUUGCGCUUUCAAUAUUCCUUGGAUCUAUAUUAAGCAACAUUCCAUUGGCUGCACUCUAUGGAAUGUUUUUAUACAUGGGCGUAAUGGGACUGAGAGAUUUAACAUUUGUUUUAAGGAUAUGCUCCUUAAUGAAACGUCGAAAACACUGGGAAGAUUGGGAAUGUGUUCGUGGUCUUCCCAGUAGGCAUAUACUAGUCUUCUCACUUAUUCAAGCUGCAGUUGUCUUAAUUCUAGUUUCAUUGAAUAUAAUUUCUGAUUUUACAGUAGCCAACUAUGUUGGUCUUAUCUUUCCGAUCAUUAUUCUCAUCUAUGGCCUUAUUCGCGAAUUUGCAUUGCCUAAAUGGGAAUGGUUGGCGUUAUAUUUACAUCAACUUGAUCGUAAGUAUAAACUACAUCCAAGUGUUAUGCGUAAACCACCAUCAACUGUACGUAAUUUAUCAACAAUACGUAAAGAAAGUGUUGGUAGUUUUGCAUCGGGUGGUUUAACUGUUACAUCACAAUUAAAAACUAAUAAUUUUAUUGAAUAUAUUCAUGAUCAUGAAACAGCUUCAUAUAGUGAUAUCAGUGAACAUGAAGAUGGUGUAGUUCGUCGAACUUGGGCAACAUAAAUUCAAUAGAGACGUAUAAAAAUCAUAAAAAUCAAGAUCAAAUAUUACUUACAUAUUUUUCUACUGAUUAAUUCAUUCAUUCAUACAUAUAUAUAUACAUAUUACUUCAAUUUUCUGUUAGUGUACAACAAUUGUGCAAUGUAACAAAUAAUAAUAAUAAUAAAAAACUGAUACUCUCCAUACCUCUACACUGAACUAUUAUUCUUUUCACGUAUAUCUUCAUUUAGUUUGUGUACUAUCAAACUUUUAAUUGAUUUAACACAUUUCCUUUUCUUCUUGUCUAUCCAUUCUCUAAUUCUAUUCAUAUAUACAAUUUAAUGCGUUUGUUAAUUCAUGUAGGUAACUCUACUCUACAUAUCGUUUGAGUAAUAUGAUUCUAUAAAGCGGGAUUACGCCUAUCCUACAUGCCGUUGAUAUAUAUAUAUAUAAUCCCAUUCCACUGUAUCGCUUUUAGUUUUCACUCAGUUUUGUGUUAAUUUUCAAUCUUCACAAAUGUUUGAUCCAAAAAAGUAUACGCAAUAAUUCACUAGGGUUUAUUGUAUUUUUUGUUUAGAAAAAUAAAAAAAGAGAAACAUUUCAUGAUUAAAUUAUUUUGCAAAAUUUUUGUUUCCAGUCCUGUUGAUCUCAUUCACCUCGGUAUUCUUUUUUCUUUUUUUUUGAUUUUAUUUUUGUUGCUUUCUAUCACUUAGUUGGCAGAUUCAAUCAGAACCCUUCUAUAUAUAUAUACAUACACUAACACAUAGAAAAAUAUCAUUUCACACAUACACAGCAUUGUAAGCUUAUAAACACAGUUUAUUUGAACAUAUGGAGUAGUAAUAUUGGCCGCACAAAAUGAGCUCUUUCGAAAAUCACCUCUGAAUAUUAUCUUGACUAGCUCUCCAAAGGAUUGCAGAAAUCAUUCAGAAGUUCAAUCUUUGAGCAUAUACUCAAUUUUGGCUAAUCCACUUCAACAGAGGCCCCCUCCAAAAUCACACACAUUAAGAAAAGUCGGUUCAAGAGGAAUGAAAGUGAAAAACCUGUAUACAGUAGAGGCUAUUUCUUUCUAAUAUUUCAAGCUUCACCUUCCAUGGUCUUAACGUGCUUUCUGAUCUUACAUAAUCUAUGAUUUUUAUUUUCAUUUCAUUAAUUCUACUCUUUUCGAAUUAUCUUCACAACUAUAGGUUAGCAAUUAUCACAAUUUAUUUCGUUAUUAGCAGCUAUCAAGUGAAGAAUUAUCUCCACUUAAACAUACUUCAUUAGCCGUUUAUCACUUAACUUUUCAAUAUCUACUUUAAGAUUUCUUUGAGUAAUUAACACCUUUCUAUUUUACUAUAAAACACCAAUUUAACAACUAAAAUUAAUUAUAAAUAUGAUUAUGCAACUUAAUUAAAUGAAAUGAUCGAAAAGAAAAUUUUCUUUGCUAAACUUCUUUUUUUUAUUCUUCAAU